CUGUGUUUCAGCCGCCUGCGCAGCCGAUGAUCUCAUAGUGUACGGUUAAUGAUAAUCAGUUAGAGCCGACAGUGGUCGCGGAGAGCCAAUUCAGUAACAGUACAACUCAGCUGAUGUCCAUCUUGCACGGACUGCCAUUGUUCGCAGUCAGUCAGUGAGAAGCCUUUAGGAGCGUAUCUCGUGCAGAAGAGAAGUAUCUCGAGGAGUGCAUCUGGCACACGUUUUCCGCGUGACACUGACUGACAGCCGCUGCCAUGACUGAGUGGUUCCUUGGACUGGCGUUUCUCUUAGGAAUCGUCAAGAUGCUGAACAUGUCAAGCCUGUCUGUGGCACCAGACAUCUACAUUAAGGAUCGAUCGUCUGCAUUUGUGAAAAGCAUUCUCGCAGCAUGCCCCAUCUUCCUAGAACCAUACAUCCCAACCUUGAUAUGGGGGAAGAGUGGCCACAUCCAGACAAUCGUGUAUGGCAAGAUGGGGCGCGUCCAGUACCCGGACCUCAAGGGUGACAGACACGAACACAUCAUGCCCGAUGGCGCCACCUCCACGUUCGAUGUUUACCAUUCUCUCUCAGAACACCCGUCUGGAGGUGACUACGCCAUGCUGGUGUGUCCGGGGAUCGCCAACUGCAGUGAGAGCCCUUACAUCCGCACACUGGUACAUAUGGCACAGCGGAGCGGCUACAGGGUGGCGGUCCUCAACCAUCUCGGAGCUUUGAGAGAUGUGGAGCUCACAUCACCACGGAUAUUUGAUUACGGAAGUACGACAGAGUUCCACCACAUGGUGGAGGACAUGAGGAAGAUGUAUCCCAACAGCAGCUUCCUGGCUGUUGGCUUCAGCAUGGGCGCCAACAUCAUCACCAAGUAUCUCGGUGAGCACCCGGACAAUCAGAAGCACUUCAUCUGUGGAAUGUCCCUGUGUCAGGGGUACGACGUCAUACAGAUCUGCCCGCAGCUGAUGAGCUACUUCCUGCCGAGGUUGUACGUCUAUGCGAUGACAGAGAAUAUAAAGAAGAUUCUACAACGUCAUAGCAGCAUCCUCUUCAGCUCUUCAGCGCAGGAGAAGUACGGCAGUUUUGACUUGGAGAAGAUAUUUGACAUUGGAGAAGAAUAUUCAGAACAACAAUCACUGGAAGCCUUGGAUGAAGUGUAUAGCAGCAAGAGGUUGGGCUUCAAGUGUCUGGAAGACUACUACAGGUCAUGCAGCAGUGGGAACUACCUCCACAACGUGACGAUACCGAUGUUUAUUCUGAAUGCACUUGAUGACCCUCUGGUGCCAUCCAGCAUUCACUCUAUACCACGGAAGUUUGCAGAAACCCAUGACAACUGCAUAUUCGUCGUAACACACCAUGGCGGCCAUCUUGGAUAUUUUGAAGGUGGGUAUUUGACCCCAAGUCCAAUAACAUGGAUAGACCGGGCAGUGCUGGAGUUUGCCGACGCCAUGGUAGCAAUGGAGGAAAAACAGCAAUAACCUGUGUCAACUUUAGUCAAGAACUCCAGCAGUGACAGUGUUUGCACCCUACCUCAGCUUGUGCAAUGAAAAUACAUCAACUACUGCAGCAGCUACAACACCAGCUUCAACCUCGACAACACCUACCACCAAUAAUUGUGACUGGUUACUAACAUUAUUGAUUGUAACGUUUAUUCACUGUAUUUACAAAAUAUGCUUGGAUCACUGCAUUAUGAAUAUAGUAUGAGAAAUCUGUUUUUUAGACACUGUUGUAUAAUGCUUAUCCAAUGUGAUUUAGAGUUGUGCUAUGCGGAGUUACCUCCCGUGCAGUUACCUCCCAUACCAUAAUGCAUAAUAAUGCACUAGAAACCUUUUUUGUUUUCAUUGGUGUAUUUAGAAAUCAGAUUUUAUGUUUUCUUCACAAAAUAAGCUUUUCCAAUCACAGUGUUUUGAUUUCUGUCACAGUAAUAUUAAAUAGGUACAGUGACAAAAUGUGACAAUAUUUUUUACAUUUGAAGCACUGCAUUGGAUGAAAGGCAACUUACUAAUGCGGGUGUAUGGAUAAAGGGAGGUAACUCCUUCAGUACUAUUCUUCCUGAGGAUCAGGAGUUGAUGUAUUAACUUCAUGCAAGAGUCGUAUUUAUCUUUCAUGGGGGUGCUUAAAGUGGUUAUCAAUAUCUUUCAGAAUUGUUCAUUUUAAGGCCCAUUUAAUCCUUUGUUUAAAUGUGGGUUUGUCAUCUUUGCUUAAAUCUUGAUCUUGCCACUCAUGUGAGCUAACAGGGUGGUGAGGUAGCCUAGUGGUUAAAGCAUUUGCUCAUCUUUUCAAAGAUCCAAGUUCGAUUCCCCACAUGGGUACAAUGUGUGAAACCCAUUUCUGGUGUCCCCUGCCGUGAUAUUGAUAGAAUUCUGUUACAAGCGACAUGAAAUCUACAAAAACCAUAGAUGACAUCCUUACCUUGUCAGCUUGCUUGCUCUUUGGUCAUGUGGACAAGGUGGUCUGAAGAUCUGUGGUUCGAAUCCCUGGACAGGAAAUUUUAUGGCUGCUAAAUGGGCCCCAAGGCUUAUAAUGUUAAUCACUGGAUUCUCAGGUCCAUACUCUGUUAUUUUAAGAUCAGAAUCACACAAUGGACUCACUGGACUAACACAGACAAAUGGUUUGGCCCCUGACAUGUCUGCCAGUGCUUUUUCACACUGGAAUGUGAUUUCACUUAAAAGGAAGUGUUCACUGUAACAUUUGAUUUUGGAAGAGAUAAAGAAAUGUAAUGAGACCUGUUAAAUUUUGAGACGCUGGGUCUACAGGGAGUAGGUAGGCAGGAUGGUAUGAGUAAAGGGAGGUAACUCCAACAACCCUAGUCUACCAGUGAAGUUGCUGCAGGUCUUCCUGUCAGUAAGUUACAUAAAUCUUGGAUUUAGGUCAAGAUGAGUGAGUGAGUGUUAGUGUGAUAUUGGCUAUACAUUUUGAUGUGAUAUAGCUCUAAUUAUAUGUUAGACCUUGUAGACCAUGUGUAUAUCAUUGACAUAGACCAUAACCAGGCGGGGUAGCCCAGUGGUUAAAGCGUUGACUCGUCAGACCCGGGUUUGAUUCCCCACAUGGGUACAAUGUGUGAAGCCCAUUUCCAGUGUCCUCUGCCAUGAUAUUGCCGGAAUAUUGCUAAAAGUGACAGAAAACCAUACUCACUCACUCACCCAUGAUCUGCUAUGAUAUUUCGAAGACAUCGCAGUUGAUUGUUGCAGAAGACGUCGGACUGAUUGGUACUGAUGUCAAGGUCAUCACCAUUAGCUCGUGUACACGUGAUACAUAACUUUGUUGGCAUCUGUUGAAUAUGAGGGUACAGAAUAUUCGGGUCAGCUCUUACUGCCUUGACGUAAUGUUGAUAGCAUGUUGUAAAGGUGGCAUGAAACACCAUUCAUGUCCAGUAUCUCCUGGGUUGGCCACGGUGUCUGGGUCAUAUACUGUGUGUUGUAUACUUGGAUAAGUGUUGAAUGUGUGAUCCUUGAAUGUGUGUGAAUGUUGAAUGUGUGAGCCUUGAAUGUGUAUGAGUGUUGAAUGUGUGUGAGUGUUGAAUGUGUGAGUGUUUGAUGUGUGAGCCUUGAAUGUGUGUGAGUGUUGAAUGUGUGUGA